UCGCGCGCGCAUCAGCUCUGCCCCUAGUAUUCCGCCGAGCUCUGACCUUCUCCCUUAUCUGUAUUUUCUCAAAAGACAAGUUAUAAAUCUGGUUGUGUGUGAGUCUUCCCAAGUUUCCAUCUCGCUCGUUUGAGAAUCUGUGGUAUGCCCCUCUUUCAAGUUGCUCUUUUUCGCCGAUUGCUUCGCUUAUUCGAGUUAUCCGAUCUUCUUCUUCUUCUAUGACAUUAAAAAAUUGGAUAAAUUUGAGAGUGGUCACAUAAAUGAUUAUCGUGCUCAUAUCUUGGAUGGAUGAAAUAGUUAUGGAAUAAAGGGAGAGGACACUUGCAUGCAAAAUAUGUGAAGGACAAGCCAAUCCAAUAGGCUCUUAAGAAUAUUCCAAACGGAGUAGACAAGAAAGAAUGGGAGUCGUUAGUAAAGGAACAUUUUUCUUCAGAAAGUUUUCAGCUCAUAUUGAAGAAAUUGUUCAGUCGGAUCCAUCACUACCUAGCAUAGAGAUAGUAGAAAAAUAUUGUGGACCUCAUACUCGUAGCCAUGUAUUUGGCUUUGGGGGUGGAGUAAAGGCGAAAGACUUGAAAUGUGGCACUUCUUCAAAGGUUGAAUUACUGUCCGCGCUACGUUCAAUUCGAGAGGAAAACAAAUCUUUGAAUGAGGAAAACAAAUCCUUACAUGACCGCUUGUCUACCUUAGAAGAUGAGAUGAAAGAAAUGAAGAAAAUAAAGGAAUUAUUCGCUGCACAACAAUCACAUGUCUCACCUAGGACAUCGCCCGGUUCAACUGAAUGGCCACUAUUUUUGUUUGCUGGCCAAGUUUUGAAGAUUGAAGCUACAAGAAUGCAAGUUUGGAAGAUACACAAGUUCAUUAUUAUUUUGCUAGGAAUAUUAUGUAAAACUUGAUAUUGUUGUCUAACGCAGGAUGUUAUCUAAGCUUUUUUGUUAAGGUGUUGAGUAAAUAUUGAAACUAACAUCAUGGGUGUUAACAUUGUAAUUAAUAUCUUUUUAUAUCAAGACUUUUUAGGAGCAA